AUGUGGAAUAAGGCAGUAGCUCGGCUUGUAGAGAUCCGCUUGCUAAGUCGGGAAUUACAGCGGCUGCUGAGGAGGGCUCAGCGGGGCUCUGGGGAGGGCCCGGGGGGAGCAGCGCCAGCCUCCCUCUGCCGCGGCUCCCGGCUCUCCUCUCUCCUCGUCCGCCUCAGCAGCGGUAUGGAGCCCAACAGUCCUAAAAAGAUACAGUUCGCCGUGCCGCCGUUUCAGAGCCAAAUAGACCCCGAGGCAGCCGAACAGAUCAGGAAAAGAAGACCUACCCCAGCAUCACUCGUCAUCAUGAAUGAACACGUGCCCCCAGAAAAAGAUGAGAAGAGAACAAACAUCUCACAAGGAGAAGCACAGAGCGCCUCCCCGAAGCAGAGGAAGCAGAGCGUGUACGCGCCGCCCGCCAUCAAAGGGAUUAAGCACCUGAAAAGCCAGAACGAGACGGCCUUUCCGGAGGAGGAAGAGGGCGUGAGCGAACGAGAAGAGGAGUGGGGCCACUGAAGGGCGCCGAGCGCCGAGCUUCCUCGCGGGCGACCGCCGGGGCCGCGGGGCCGCCGAGCUCGGCGCGCG